UGCUCUUUCAAAAUGUCACUAACCUUCGUGAUGAUUGGCAACCAUCAUGGAGGUUCGGGUUGCUACAAAUGUUCAUGUCUGCUUCCUUUCGCAAGUCAGCUACGAUUGUAUUCAAUCUACUCUUCUUCCAUGAUCGAUAUAUCAGAGCAGUUUAUAGCACGCAUGGUGCAUGGGGUGCAUGGAGUGGCAUGGAGUGCAUGGAGCACCUGCGCCAUUCCCACGCAUGGGGUGCAUGGGGUGGCCGCGUGUCACGCAUGGAGUGCAUGGAGCACGAGGUGGCGCGCUAGCCUCUGCCAUCAGCCGCUCCCCCCUGUCGAUCGAUGGAGCAGCGGCGCAACGCAAAAGCGGCCCAGGACUGAGAGGCCCUCCCCCCUCGCCUGUCCGCUUUCUAUGGUUGCGGACCCAGUAGGGGACGCCACUGUGAGCCUCGGGCCGUUCCCGCUUGAGAGUCCGGCCUUCGACGAGCCCCCCCGGCCUCCGGUUCUGCGGGGUACAUGCAGGAAAGGCGCCUCUUCAGCCCGGCAGACCCCGCCAAAAGGGGUCCCGCCGGGGCUGAGAGGUUCCCCCCUCGCCUUCCUAGGUCGGGGAUGGGUAUUGCGCCCUGGUUGAGCCCUGGGACACACAUACACAGCCCCCCUCUUCAACUUUUUGCAUGGGUCAGCCCCGUGCGGUUGCCUAGAGCGGUGCAGCAGUAGCAGGGCCUGCCCCGGAAGAGGAGUGAACCCCCCGAGGAUGCGACUUGCUGGGCCCUUUGCCGAAAUUUCCGGGCACCAAAGUACCUGGCAACGACCACCAGGGGCAGCAAUGUGUGUCAGGGCGCCUAGACCUAUGUAGCAGCAAGCCCGGACUGCCGGCCAGUGUGGGCGUGGUGCUUCGUCCUCGGGUCGACCGCUUCGCCGUCUCAUCGUUGCAGUACAGGGCUGCAGCGGACGAGCCUCGGGCAAAGGGGUGCCCGAAGGGCACCCCGCAAAAUUUUCACGCAUGGGGUGCAUGGAGUAGAAGUGGGGGCUGGCAAGAUUCUUGCCACUCCAUGCUACUCCAUGUGAUCCAUGCACUCCAUGCCAUGCGCGCCACAAAAGCUUAUAAACUAUUCUGAUAUAUUAUUGACUCAGAUGACUGAAUAACACCUCUUACGGCAUACAAUACACAGGCACACGAUCUUCACUCAAUGUCAUGAAGCCCUCUGCACACAAUCCGCUUGACGUUCCUCGCACAUAUGGGGCCUGUACAGACACGACUCUAUACAACUGCCUCUACCAUCAUGCUACUUGCGUAAAUGUUUGGCGCCAAGAACCAAGCGGACGUUGAUGACUACCUCCAAAAAUCAAUUGUGACUGAAAAAAAACAGUAUGUCUUUCAGAGGAUACCACGGUGAACCAGCGAUGAUUGGUAUACACACGACGAAAACAGGUACUCUUCAUGCACUCUUCUACUUCUU